AUGAUUCGACCUAUUACUGUUAUUGUCGUAAUUUUCGUAAUCUUUUGCUAUGGUGAACAUCUGCUGGGUGGGUAUACAACAUAUUCGGAAUCGGAUCGUGAUUAUGAACAAGUUAAGAAUGAAAUAAAAGAUUUGGCUACGAAGAGUUUAGCUGAAGGUGAGGAUAGUUCAUCAUCAAGAAUAGAAGUAACAUCAAUAUCAAAGCAAAUAGUCAAUGGCAUGAACUAUCGUGCAACUAUACAACAGUCAUCAUCAUCGAAAAAUGAGGAUGACGCAAAAAGUUUUACAUGUCAGUUUUAUCAAUCACGACCGGAACUUCUCGAUGACGGAACAAUAAAAACACAACCAUUACAAUUUAAGGAAUGUCAACCAGUUGAGCAAGCUGAUAGUGGUGAGAGUAACAAUAACAGCGAUGAAUCUGAUGUAUCAGAAGAACAAUUAGAUUCAUCAAAUGAAAAUUACGGUGGAGAUUUCUAUUGA